AUGAGAAGUUCCCGUAUAUUUAUCAGAAACUUUUCUGGGAGUUCUCGGUGUGGAAUUAAGACACCCAGAUUUGCAAAGACAAUUGCAGAAGCAGGGAAACCACCCUUGACUGAGUCUAUUCCUAUUACGAGACCAUUUGGAUUGGAUUCGCCUAUUCUUUUAAAUCAUAGGACACAGGAUGCAUAUAGUAUAUCACAUAUCAAAAAUGAGCUUUUCAGUGCUGAAGCAAGAGAAAGAAGACAGAGACAAUUGGAUCACGAUAUUAAGCAUUCCCCAUUUUAUGAAUCAAAAUCUUUUGAAAACACUAAGGGGAAGAUUUUCACUCCACCAGUUUCCUACUUUAGAGCUGAAAAGUCUAAGCAUUUCCCUGAUUUCAUAGGGGUCACAGUUUGUGGGAGUGAACGUAGUUUAUUUGAAAUCUUAGAGGGAAAUGUUACAAUUGUCAGAGUAUAUUCAACCGUAUCAGGAGAAAAUUGUGUCAAUUCUUAUUUCAAAGUUGACAAUAAGAAUUAUUUGACUUCUGAGUAUUCGGAAUUUGAAAAGGAAUAUCCUAUGACACAGAUUGUUGAUGUUAAUAUCCCUCAAAGUUGGAUUAAAGGUUUUAUUGUUCGUAUGUCCAAAUCAAACAUUCGUAAAAUGAUACCUAAAGAGAGACUGGAUAAGUAUUUUGUUCUUCCAGAUGAUGUGUUUUCUGUUCAAAUGAAAGAAAAAUUGAAUAUGGAUAAUCUGUGCUCUGGAUACAUUUAUCUACUUGAUAGCUGUGGUCGUAUUAGGUGGGCAACCAGUGGUUAUGCAAACGAAGCUGAAAUUAAGUUGAUGUGGAAGUGUGUCAAAGGAUUGCAAAGAGAAUUGGCUUCCAAGUCGGGUGAUUAA